CGUCACUCAUGGUGUAUACAAUUUGAUGCUCCGGGAAUCCGAUAAAUAAUUUUAAUAGGUAGAUGUUUUUCUUGUCGUCACAGGCACAGGGCACUCUAAUUUUUUAACGUUCAACGUGUUUAAUAAAUUUCAUCAGUAUUUAUGUAAACGGAUUGGAAUAUUGAAUAGGCCACUUUUACAAUAAUACUAUACCCAACUGAGCAACAACUGGCGAGUGAAGAUUAAACCGCGCAAGUCCCUCUGUUCCAGAACCGCGCCCCUCGUUAGAAACUGCUAUUGAUUUUUAUUACAUACCUACUCGUGCAUAUAUAAAUAUAUAUAUAUAUAUAUAAAGGUAGUAGUAGGUAUAUAGUAAAUUUUAUAUUAUAAAAUCAAUGAUGGUGUCGAGGUAGAACGGCAACAUCUAGUGGACACCACUGGCCACUCGCAAACCUGAAACAAAUACAACAGUAUUAUGGUAAAAUAUAAAUUGCCGGUGACUGCGGUGAGAUAACGACUAAACAGGGAUCCCCGGUUUGGUUAUUAUUUUGUACGCAUUUGUCCACCGGGCGACGCCCCUAAGCAAUGACGGGACAAUACCACUCGGGGAACAAUAAAUUACUGAUAAACGACCGGCGACGGCAGACGACUACGAUCGUGACGAAAUAUUUUAUUUCCAUCUCGGUUUUCAAUUUAAAAACGUACUGGCUUACAUUUUGUGCCCGAAGAAAUUUGCUAACAUUGGUACUCUCCCUGUAAUUUCGUUCGGUAUGGUACACUCGGCAUUCAAAUGUGUUACUUGGGUAGGUAAUUAAAUUAAUAAACUAAUCGAUAAAAUAACGUUUUUCUUUCCCCUAACCCGUUGUAGGUAGUUUUACUAAUAAAUCGGGUUUUAUUUUCAAUUAAAGGUCCUACGUGAACUCUCACAUAAACUGAUUAACCAAAAGUAUUUAUUGUGUGUCUGUGAACAAAUUUUCCACCAGAAAUCUCAUUCCGAUGAUUAUCUUUGGGGAUGGUUUCUGCAUGGCGGCAAGUUUUGUCUCAAUACAAGUUGAUUGAUGCAUUGGAGAAAUUAAUUUUGUUUUUAUUUUUGUUAUAAUUUUCUUAAACAUUUUUAGGAAAAAACGGAAAAAUGUAUGCAAUGUGUGCUUUUAGAUUCUGAGAAACUUUAAAUUUUGUAUAGAUUGCCAACGAUAUUUGGCAUUGUAUAAAAUUCCUAGGCUUUAUAUAAAAAUCUAUGAUUAUACAAUAUACCAUUGUCGCUAACAAACGUCAGUCAUGUAUAUUUUAGAAUAAAUAAACAAUAUUAUAGUAAUAUAAGUGUAUUUUAUACAUUUUCAAUGAUUAAAAAUCAAACUACACCAAUAGCUGAGGCGGAUUUACGGGACUCUCCAUCCCCUUCCCAGCCGUCGAUAUUAUUUCGUUUAAAAUAGCCUAUAGUCUAAAAGCUAAAAGUCUAUAGCCUACCUGCAAGCUACUUAUGAAAUACACAGGUAUGAUUUUUCACGACACCUCUCAGAAAAAUAUUGAAAUUCUACCACUCGCUAAAAUAGUAUGUCAAAUUCAAAAAAGUUAGAAACUCUAACAUCGAGUGUGAUUUUUAUAUUUUGAUUUUGGUAGAUAUUUAUGCAACAAUACCUAUUUUUUUUUUCUACUUCGUUUCUUUCUGUUUUUAUAACUUUUACUUUUUCUAUUACCCUUAUAUGUUUGAAAUUAUUAUCUAUUUAUAAUUAUUACGUACCUACUUACCUAUCUACUCAAUACUUAUUUUGAAUUUUAUACAUUUUUGACAUUUAUUUUUAUUUGUUUUUUUUUUACAAUUAUUGAAACCUGUUUAUUUAAAAAUAAUCGUGUUAUAUAUAAUUGCAUAGGUAUAUUUUUAUAAUUAUUAUUAGAAACGUUCAUAUUGUAAUUUAUGUAUUUAUAUUUGUUCACAUAAUAAUAAUACAUAGAUUCCACAAAAAAUAAAAAGAUAAAAAGAUUUUUUACAAUCGAUCAAACUGGGUAGCAAGGUUAUCAAUAAUUCUUGUUAUUAUCAGUUGUAACGAUAUUUUGAUUCCCUCUAUUUUAUUUUGUUUAGACAGUUAAACAGUAAACACAUAAGAAAGAGAUUAAAUACUUAAACAGUUUGGAGUUUUUCUAUAAUAGAAAUUUUAAUCUAUAUUUUAAAGUCAUACAAUUUAUUAAACUACCUAAAAUUUAAAAUAUCAAACCAAUAUGGACCAUUCUUUUUCAAGUGACCACAAUGCAGUAAGUUUUCCCGAUAAUUACAAUGUUUAAUUUUAACAUAUAUUAUUAUGAUUGCUGCAUAUUAUGUAACAUAGAUGUCACAAGUAACCUUAAAUGUAAUUAUUUGUUGUUUGUGUAUAGGCUUCUAGCUCAUCAGACACUGGGGCUAGAUCUCAAAUUGGUGUUUUGGAAAAGACAACAAUUAUGACUGACUCUUAUUCACUCUUGGAUGUACUGGCUAAAUUAAAAGACCAAGUGAGAUUAAUGGCUUUAAGGGUUAGCAAAUUAGACCAAUAUGUCAACUUUGUUAAAAAUCCAGUACAUUCAGUCGAGCCUCAAGAAAUGCUUAAACUUAAGCAAAAUGUCAUUAAUGGCCUUACUCAUUUGGUGGAGAAUACAAAACCUCUUAGUAAUAAUAGAAUAAUUCAUUGUGUAUUUUGAAGUCCCUUAACUUAAUUUAAUUAUUAUUAUUUAUUAUAGGUUACCCUUGUUAUCAAUCUCUAAGUUCUGUGAAACUUUUAGAAACAUUUGAAAAAGUUUCCUCAGAAUGUGUAUUAUUAUUGAACGAUAUCAAACAAGACAAUGAAAAUAUUAUUAAAAGUACUGAUCGGUAAUUUAAAUUUUUGCAACAUGGUAAUAUAUAAUAUAAUGUUUGUUAAUAUUAUGAAUAUAAAUGUUUUUUAGAUUAAACAAUUUAUCAAUACAAAUGAAAGACUUCCAACAAGAAAUAGAGAAAAUAAUAAAUGAAAAUGUUAUAAGUACAGAAAUAGAAGAAGCAGUUGCCCUUGAAUUUAAAGAAUGCAGAUCUGAUAUGGUUAGAGGUUAUGUUUUUAAUUAAAUUUUCAUAAAAUACUAGAUGAAAAUUUUUAAAUUUUAAUUUCAGUAUACAUUAUUAUCACAACUAGAUCCUUCUUCUAAAUUGAAACAAAUUAUGAGUGUAAGUGUAUUAAACUAUGUUUUUCAUAUAAAUGACAAGUUUAAUAUUUUUAAUGCAUUAAUUUGUCUAUAGUUAUUGGUGGAGUGCAGUAAUCGAGAUGAACAUGCUUGGGUGAACAUUGAAGAUAUGCCAGAUUUAGUAUCACAAUGUUAUUUACUAAAGAAGAAAGGAUUCGUUUUACAGAAUGAACAAAAUAAAAAUCUCUUUAAGUUAAAUUUUUAAUUUAGUUAAAUUAAUUAAACUUCUAAUAUUUAUUCUUUUAAGAAAUUAAUUAUUUUGAAAUACAGUGGAACCUCGAUAACUCGAAUCGGUUGGGGGCGAAAAAAAAAUUUGAGUUAUCGAAAAUUCGACUUAUGGAAAACCUCGAUAACUCACACAUAUCAUAUAUUGGAAGCCAGGGGCCAAGGUAUUCCUUCGAGUUAUCGAAAAUUCGACUUAUAGAGGUUCGAGUUAUCGAGGUUCCACUGUAUAUGUAACGUAUUCUGAUUUUUAAUAUUAAUAAUAAAUAAAUUUAACUCUUUUAUUAUGUAUGUAUAUACCUGUAGUUAAUAAUUAAAAUAUUUUAUUUAACAGGUAUUGAUUUCUAAGUACAACUAUGUUAUUACUAUGACCUGUACAAUUUUGCUUGUGUCGGUAUUGAAUAGAAAACAAAAUUAGGUUUCUGUUUGAUUCCCAUUUCAAUCCUUUUCCCUAUCACUGCAAAUGACAAUAACUGAAAUUAUUUAAAAACAAAUUAUCUUUCCUCUAAAUGUGAUUGAUCUAUAGGAUAAGAUCUAAAGAAAUAGUUAUUAAAUCACUGAUUAAAUUUUAUAGAGCAGCGUUCGCCAACCAGUGGUCCACGAGAAAAUAUUAGCGGCCACAGAAAUAUGUGAAAACUUAUUGUUUUGUUAUAAAUAAAAUAAUAUUUUAUUAUUAUUUAUAAAUAAA